AUGUCAAUAGGCGAACAAGUCGAAUACUUCCGAGAUCGAGCCAUUCUGGCGCCCAAAAAUUCGCAGGUGGAUCAGAUCAACGACAUGGUGUUCGACCGGUCAUCAGCUGAGCUUCCGUUCACUCUGCAUCGGACGCAGUUUCCGAUUCGGCUGGCAACGGCUAUGACGUUCAGCGUCGAUGUCGAUCUUGGGAGGCACCCGUGA